AUGCUAAAAUCCCAAGUGCUCCUCCUACUGAGUAGACGGUUACUGGCGAGUUCAAAAGCGACCACUAAGGAAAAACAGCACAAGUAUCCUGUCACUGGAAUGACUAUGGGACCUUGUGCUAUUUUUGUGAAAGAACAUUUCGCGAAACAUCACCCAAAAGAUUUAGUGGAAGGGAAAAACACGAUGAAAGAAGCUGGUGCAGCAUGGAAGUCCCUCGAUGAAGCUUCAAGAAAGAAGUACGAAGAGCUUUCCAAACGUUACCGCGAAGAGAAAAUUAAGGAGUUUGAGGCUCUUUCAGAAGAAGAGAAGAGUGAGAUGAUCGCUUCAUCUUUGGAAGCGAAAGAGGAAAGGAUGAAAAGGAAAAGUCGUAAGGAAAAGAAGGAGAACUGGGAGAAAACCGGACGCCCUGAAAAACCGCCAUCAGCUUACAAUCUCUACGUGCAGGAGAAGUACAAUAAGCUGAAAGCACAAGGAGAAACGAUCACCCCAGUUUCCAAGACAAUGAAACGAGUGAGCUCCGAAUGGAACACAAUGACUGAUGCCGCCAAAGAACCCUACAACAAGAAAGCUGCGAAGCUCCUUCAUGAUUACAAAGUGAAACUUGAGGAAUGGAAAUCGAAGUCACAACCCCAGAUUGCUGAAGAAGAAAAGCGAUCCACUGAGCCAACCAAGCCAACCAAGUAA